GCAUUACAUUUUCUGAGAGAAGAAUUUCAACCCGUUUCCCAGUCUCCAGUUUUACAUCAGUUAGAUAAAAAACACUUGAUAGAGGUAUUGAGAAGUCCGUUCUUGCAAGCUAGUGAAUUGGAGGUAUUACAUGCAGUACUUAAGUGGGGGGAACACGAAUUAGUUCGAAGAAUGGAGGAUAGAGAACCAAAUAUAGUGAGUCAUACUGCCCAUUCAGUCGCUAGAAAGGGUGUGAAAAAAAGAGACCUGAGUGAUGUUGAAUUGAGAGAGAUACUUUCCGAUUUAUUACCUCUAGUCAGAAUGGACCACGUGUUACCACCGAAUAGUGAUAUAUUGAAUCAUGCUAUACGUAGAGGAUUGGUAAGUACACCACCAAGUCACAUGAUCGGAGGUGAUCGUGAAAAUCUUCGUGUUAAUGCUUGGAUUCGAGGAGGAAAAAAUAAUGGUUUAUUCGUACAACCCAGAUUGUUCAUGCCAUAUUAUGACGAAGUAAAAGUUCUUGUCGAGGAUCAGUUAGUUCAGGAAGUAGAAAUGAUGCGGUUGCGUCGAGCACGUUACAUGCAAGACAUUCCAGAUACUCUUUAUAUGGUGGAAGAAAAGCCGAGGCCGCAUGGUCCCGCAGGCGUCGAUGUUCUGGCGUCAGCUCUGCCUGUACCAGAUCCAGCUGUGAUGAACGCCAUGCUGAAAAGGGAGCAGAAGCUUCGUCAGUCACCAAGUUGCCAACGUGCCCUUAAUAUGCCUCUGUCGUCUAGGCAUGAAAUAAAUCGCCAAAUCAGAUUGAGGGUAGUUCGAGAAUUCAAUCUGCCCGAUCCUGUGGCCGAUAUGUUAGAAAACUGCUACUGCCUGCCCGACCAAAGUGAUAAUGAAUCAUUGCAAAUUUCACCUAACAAACCUGUUGUGGGCAAUAAACAUAGCUCAUAUGGUAAGAAUAUGAGUUUUCCAAGACAAGGAUACUCACAACGAUCAGAAUUACCGGCCAUUGUACCAGAAGGUGACUUCCGUUUUUCUACGGAACCAGAAAGUAGCUCUUGUAGUGAUGGUCAUUUGUCUGAUAUAAUGCCCGAUGUAGCCAUGGCCACUGCUACUAUUGGUCAGAUCCAACUUCAAGAACAAGAAAUGGAGCUGGAUUUAGGAGAUGGUAACACACGUAUUCAUAAUUCACUUGGUGGAACUCAACAAUUGUCUGGAUCCCUUUACCACCCAUUGUCAUAUCGACGAUAUCAGCCUUCAACUUACCCUCAUUUGAGGUCAGACUCUCAAACUUAUAACCCACCAAUGCCGAGGUUUCUUUAGUUUUAAGAUACCUUUUGAUUCCGCUUAUGUUGAAUGUAUAUAAAGCGUUCUAUCCCUAAAAGAUAUUUUUAUGAUAGUACCAUUGGAAAUUUGUGAAAAUUUAGUUUGGGGUAAUGGUUAAUUAUUGAAUUCACUCACAUCUGUGGGGAAUUUUAAAUAAUAUAUAAGUUUAUUUGAAAGUGGAUGAAGAUUGAGUUGCUUCAGACGGUGUCAAACCAAUUUUCUGGAUUUAUCGGCUGUGGUGUGCAGAUUUUUAUGACUGACCUAUCAUCUAUAACUACAUUAAACAUUUUCGUGUAGAUGAAGCAAUAGAUGCUGAUCUAAAUGUUUUUUACAACACACACAUCAUUUAGGGUUCCAGUCUCCAACUUUAUUCCAUUGGUGGUGGACAUAGCUUCGUUCCUGAAAAUUAUACAGUGUAGUGCAGACGACAACUUCUCUUUGGUUCAGAGAGUCAACUAUUUACAUUUUGUCACGGUUUCAACAUAAUCUCAUUCACAAGCUACAAGAGAUCGUAUAUACAAACAGUGUUACUAAAGACCUAAGAAAGUGUUAGUACGCAGAUUUCUGAACAUAAGAAAAAUUGUCACUACUGCAUCAACAAAUCACUGGUAGCAGAACAUUCAUUCGGAGAAGGCACUCACCUUAUCGUAUUUGAAAACCAAGUGUUUGAUAAAACUCAGAACUACUCUCCUAAACUAUACAGGGAGACGACAGAGAUUCAGAAACAGAGAUACACUUUCAAAUAGAAGGAAAAGGGGAAUUGAUAUUUAUUUAUUCUGAAUAACUGCACUGCACAUGCCCAGCCGUUAGUAUAAAACCGGAAAUUCAAACUUUGAAGCAGAUGACUUUGUUGCCUCAUCGUCUUUAAUAAUGCCACCGCAGUUAUAAACUAUUCACGAGGCAUGAACCUGCUGCAGAUCACAUCCAGCAAGGUGUGAUCAUUCCAGUUCAUCUUUGGCUUUUACACUGAGAACGAUUUUAGUCACUCACGAAAUGUGUAUUUUAGAUAAUAAUUUUGAAAUUACUUUACAACUGUUGGUUCGUCAGUUCAUGUUUUGAGUAUUUGUUUCCACCUUUGUUUCAAAACUUAAUUGAAACUGAAGGAUUAGAAAGUUGAUUUUUUCAGUUUCAGGGAAAAAGUUUUGUUCUAUUUCAAGUUUAUUAUUCUGUUGAGUUUCUAGUCAGUUCAUGAUUCAAGUGAACUGAAAGAUUUAGAUUUGUUUGGAUAUUAUUUUGAUCAUAAUUUUAGACAUCUACUAGUUGAAUUAGUUGAAGUGAUUAACCAGACUAUUUUCAGUAUUACAGAAUAUUCAUUUGAGCACACUUUUGCUAGUCUUGGGUUCAUUUGUUUUCUUAGAAUGGAGACAUCUAGUGAAGAAUACAUUUUCUUCCGUUUUUCUUUUUUUCUUAGUUACGAUUAUUGAUUUAGAAAUAUGCAUUGUUUUUAACAUUAAUCCUGUCUUAUAUGAUUGAUCUACUCAUUUUUCAUAAUUGUAGGGAUUAUAAGAAAACAUUGAGAAAAUCGCAGUGAGUAUAAAUUAUAGAGAGUGAAUAUUUUUUCCUUUAGAAGAGUGCCAAAUUCUUUCAACUUUGGAGUAUCUACAAUAGCAGACAUUUCUGCUGUAAAGUUAUUAUGAAUGUAACUGUGAAUGUGUUUUCAGUCAUGUUACCAUUUGAUAUCAUACAAGAACAAUUUCUGAGUAUACUUGAGAGAGUACACUUUGUAAAUCAAAACCUUUGUACAUUUCAAUGAUUCUAAUUGUGAAAAAAAAAGCUUGAGUAAUUGUGUUUGAAAUCGUGUUUCUGUACCCAGGGGUUUGUUCAAAUAUUCUUGAACAAAUUUUAUGAAGGCGCCACCCUAUAUUUCCUAGAUACGUAAGCAAAUGUCUAAAAUGGUUUUAAUGAAUACUGUUAACCCCAAAUUAAAUAUUCUUACAAUUUUUCUGAACAAUUUGUAGAAAUUUCUGAUUAGGGUUUAUUAUUGGUACUAACGUACAACUGUGAUUUUCUGUGAAAAGACCGUUUAUAGUUUUUAUUAUUAUUUAUUGGAUGAUGAUUGGUGAGAGAGCAUUGAGUGUAACUGAUUCUGUAUUCUGUAUCGAUGUACCUGUGAGUGUAUUGUUCUUAGAUGUUACUGUAAUGCUGUUAUUUGUAUAUAUUUUGACUGGUAAGAAAAAUGCAAUGUGUACUUUGAUAUACUAAAAUAUUCUGAUUUUUUAUUCACAUUUUUAAUGAGUGAAGCGAUUUGACUUGGUUAGCUUUUAAUUCAUAUUUAUUUUUAUGAUACUCGUUACAUGAAUCAAUGUAUGCCCCCUAAUGAAAAAUUAAUCGAGUUCUUGAAGUGGGAUGGUUGCUUAUUAAUAUUUUCAAAUGUUAUUGUCAAUUGAAAAUAGUAAAGAUAUUGCAAAAAGACUUUAUUUCCCAGCUUAUGAAAUUUCUUGUUGAAAUUUUCAACAUCUUUUCUCUAAUUGCAGUUGAAGUUUUUUGUUGACAAUAUAUUAUAUAGUAUAAAUAGUAUAUUGAAGUAGACUGGUUUUCUAUCAGUCUGAAUGUCUUAUCGAAUUCGUAAUUAAAACCUGAAAAACGGUAAAUAAUAUAUAAUUCUAAUACUGAUUGUAGUGAUAGUUCUAAAAUCUUCAAAAUAUUCAACAUACGAGAGAGUUUAAAAUUAAUUGAUCCUUUUGUUUACUUAUUCUCGAUUUCGCAUACACAUCAUAAGACAUAUAUUUACAAAUUAUUUUUGUUUUAUGUGGCGAAAAACAGAAAAGACUAUGAUUUGACCAUGAAUCAAAAUGUCACGAAACUCAUCACUCAGGAAUUUUUAGGUCGCCGAAUGUGACUGUGAUACUUUGAAAUCAAAAACAAUGGAAUUGAUAUGUUCAAAUAAAAUACACCAGCAGGGAGUAUAUUUUAAAACAUAUGUUAUCACAUGAAUAAUAUGUUAGUAAUCCUCCUGAAAAUAACAAGAUUCAAAAGAUUUUUCACAAAUUUGGAAAUUAAAGUGUCAUUUUAUCAAAUUAAGCCCAACCACUCUGAAAAAUAUUUUAAAGAUAUGAACUGUAUUUUUAUAACUUUUGAGUGGUGGUUUCUGUCAGUAAAAACAAGUUCCUUCUUGUUCUCUGAAGAAAAUUCACCUCUCACUACAAGCACCGGAAGACUUCUGAUGAUGAAAUUGAAACUUGAUAAAUAUUUUGUAUGAUUUCUCUUAUUGAACCAAAUCAGUUUUCUCUCCACUCAUUAAAUUGUUAUUGAUAUAUCCUGCAAAACACUUUGGACAUGGGAAACCAUUUUUAAUUAUUACAUUUUCAUGGAGAUAUUCUUAUUUGAAUUUUUAUUUUGAGAAGCCAAAUCUCCUUUGGUUUGAGAGAUAAAUAUUUUAUUGAUCUCAAUAGAACUUGAUUGAUAGUCGAAUCGGGAGCAUUUUUUUUUGGUCUUU